AGGAGGAGAAGGAUCAGGAUCAAUUCGUCGGUCUCUCGGCGGCUUUCUGGUGAAGAUGAUGAUGAUGAUGAAGAUUCUCUCGCCCGGCGGUAGGAAGAAAAUCAAUUGUCUUUGUUCUGACGUACAAGCGGUCUUGCGGGCCUGGCGCGGCCCCGAGGCCGUGUGUGCGCGCCCGCGUUGGCGUGACUGCACGCGCGGAGCGUUUUGGGGAUCGUCAAGCGACAUGUCCAACGACAUCUUAAAAGACCACCCGGUGGGGCGGGCAGAGCUGACCAUGGGAGACGGAGACCCCCUGCAGAUGGAAGGCAACGCCCUCCUCAAAGCCGUCUCUCAAGGGAAGCUGAGGCUGAGCCGUCUGCUGCUGGAGGGCGGCGCGUACGUCAACGAGGGUAACGAGCUGGGCCAAACUCCGGUGUCGGCUGCCUGCCUGGCCGACUACGAGGACCCUCGGACCCGCCUCCGGAUGGUGCGCUAUUUGCUGGAGAAAGGCGCUGACCCCAACAUUCCGGACAAGAGCGGCAGGACAGCCCUGAUGCACGCCUGCGCCAAGCGGGCCGGGAAGGAGGCCGUUUCCCUCCUGCUGGAGAACGGGGCCGACCCCAGCCUCAAAGACUACUCGGGGUGUUCCGCCCUCAUGCACGCCCUCAACAAGGGCGACCGUGACACCCUGCAGGUCCUGCUGGACGCCUGCAGGGCCAAAGGCAAGGAGGUCAUCAUCAUCACCACCGACACGUCUCCAUCUGGUACCAAAAAGACAAAGCAGUACCUGAACUCUCCUCCGUCUCCAGGCGUGGUGGAUAAGGUGUCCCCCGAGUCCACACCCGCCGCCUGCAUGUCGCCAUCGGACGUGGAGAUUGUGACCUCGUCUCCGGUUGAGCGCGAGAGAGACAAAGAAGAUGGGAUCUUCAGCUUCCCGCUCGCCCGCGCACCGCCGCCCCCUAACGGCCGCCCUGUGGGAGAAAAGAGAAUGGGGACGGCGGCGGCGCCUCCACGCAAGCUGCUCAAGAGGCUCAAUUCUGAGCCUUGGGGCCUGGUGGCACCCUUGGCCUCAGCCGCCGCGUCUCAGGAGAGCGUCAGGGGACGUUUGGAGGAAGCGGAGGGCAUCUGUCGUCUGAGUCAACGAAUCAACGGACUGUGCCUCAGCCAGCCCGCUCGAGCUCUGCUGUCACGGCGACACAGCAUCGAAACCCACGAGCCUUCUUCCCCAACGGUCACGGAUCGGUCCUGCUCCGAGGACCGGGUCCUUCUCUCCCCCUCUUCCUGGGCGGACAAUGUUCAACAGCACCAAAUCUUAUAUUGCAGGAACCCGGAGUCCAAAGAAAACACCAACCUGCAGAUAGCAACUCAUCCCAAAUUGACUCGGUCGGAUCACUGCGAGGCCGACAGCCACGCGGGUCAGGAAUCCAUCCCCGGAUCUCCGGACUCUGGGCCGGUGUCCUUGGAGCGGAGGAAGUACAACGCGUCCCCCCAUUCUCUGGUCAACAGCUCGUCUCGGGAAUCCCUGGAGAACAUCCCCAACUCCGUGUCGCCUGCGGCUGCGCGCCGCCGCAGCCCCGGACUCCUUGAGCGCCGCGGCUCCGGAACCUUCCUUCUCGACCGCAUAUCACACACCAGGCCCGGAUUUCUGCCGCCGCUCAACAUCAACCCCCAGAGACCCAUCCCGGAUAUCCGUUCCAACAGCAAGCCCCCCUCGCCGGUCCACGGCACUCAUAAGAUCCUGGUUCCCGUGGCCCCGGCUUCGCCGAAACGUGGUCCUGACUUCAAAAUGAAAAAAAAGCUCAUGAGGAGGCACUCCAUGCAGACGGAACAGAUGAAGCAGCUCUCCACGUUCCAGCAGAUCCUGGCUGAGAAAGUCAUCGAAUCCAACGGGGAUUGACCUCUUCGUGGAUGGGGGUCAUGCGGGGGCCGACUAAUUCUGCUCAACCGGAAAUGAACAACUCGCAACUAUUUUUCUGCGGUGCACAUUUUGCCCUGCUUCACAUAUUUGAUCAUUUCUGUUUCAUACUUACGCUGUAUUGAAAAACGCAGUAUAUUUUGAUGUAUCUCGAUGCAUCUGCAAGUAUUCGACGACGUAUAAACGUUAUCACAUCACGUCUCGGACAUCUCGGCCCGACCAUCAAGAGUGACGGAUGGAGCUAAUGUGUUUGACAUUUUGACCAAUCCGGAACGACACACGUUUCCAGAACGGCCUGUUCCCGCACUGCCUGGCCUAGCCUUGGUUUCGUUUCCAUGACAACAUGGCAAUCAAUUGAAGUAGGAUCAACGGAACUGCGCAAGCCUCCACUGUACACUCGCAAUGUGCGGGGUUCUGCCGUAAGAUUUCAUGAGUGGCGAGUCCCGGAGAUUCAAAAUAGCAAUCGGCACCGCAUGAUGACUAAUUACAUCCCAUUAAAAUGCACAGAAGCUUUCAUGCAGACCAAACAAUCAAUUUGCGGGAUUAACCCUUAGGUCCUUCGAAACAAAAAAACCCCUAAAUUACGCAUUUUACAAUUUUUGUAAUGAUGUAUUUUGUGUUAU